AUGUAUAUCAAUUACUCUCCACUAGGGUUUCUCAUUUCACUCUUCAUUGUUACGUUUCUUGCUCCACAAGUCAAAUCCAGGGCUUUCUACGUCUUUGGUGACUCUCUCUCGUUGACAAUGGAAACAACGAUUACCUUGUCACCACUGCUCGCGCUGAUAAUUACCCGUGAGGCUAUAGGCAUGCCGUCGACUUUGCCGUACCUUAGCCCGCAGCUUACCGGAGAAAAUCUUCUCGUCGGCGCUAACUUCGCCUCCGCCGGUAUCGGAAUCCUCAACGACACUGGAAUUCAAUUUGUAAACAUAAUUAGAAUAUCUAAGCAGUUCGAAUACUUCGAACAAUACCAGCAACGAGUGAGCGCGUUGAUCGGACCAGAAGCUGCACAACAGCUAAAACUCUACGAGUUGGGUGCAAGGCGGGUUCUAGUAACCGGAACUGGUGCGAUGGGAUGUGCACCUGCGGAACUGGCUCAGCAUAGCCGCAAUGGUGAAUGCUAUGGUGCCCUCCAAACAGCAGCCGCUUUGUUCAAUCCGCGAUUAGUUGAUUUGAUCGCAUCAGUCAAUGCUGAGAUCGGCCAGGACGUUUUUGUCGCAGCCAAUGCUUAUCAAAUGAACAUGGAUUAUCUAUCUAACCCUGAACAAUUUGGUAAUUAUAACUCAUCUCUUAUUAGUUGUAAUUAA